UGGCAGCCUGAGCAGCCAACAAAAUGGGUGUUAUCAAGUAUCAGUGCUGUUUUUACUGCUACAAUCAUGUGCCAGACAGAGAUAGAGAUGAUGGAGUGAAUAGCAAUGCAAAAGCUAUAGUGCAGAAAAAGAGAGGUCCUGUGUAGGAAUGGAGAAAGAGUGUGAUAUAAGAGGAAAAGGGUGAAGAAAGAAAAAUGUAGAGGGGAAGAUGAAGAUUAAGUGAUGGAGUCAGACAGAUACCGAGAAAGCUCCAUAAUAUGUCACAUGUGAGUCUGCAGCAGUGUUGCCAAAGAGACGCUCUAUUUUUAGGGGAGGAAUGUUCACACAGGCCUCGUGGAAAGAGACCAUAACAACAAACAGUACGCAACACGCUCCUACAAAGAGAGAGGAACAUACAGCCACACAGCAUCAACACGGGAGAAAAGAGGAAGAACGGACAGGAAAAUGUCAAGACAUCACAUUUUCUGCUGAGAACUUACUUUGAAUAGAGCAGGACCCCCAGAAAAGAGAUAAAGACAGAGAAGAGGAGCAGCAUGGAUCGACCAGCGGUUGAGGUCUUCCACUACAAAGACAAAGAGCAGUCGUCCAACCUGCUGCUGCAGCUCAACAGGCUGAGGCAGGAGAAUGUUCUGACCGACGUGCUGCUGUGUUCUGAUAACACAGAGAUCCCCUGCCACCGGAACGUCCUGGUCUCCAGCAGCCCCUACUUCAGAGCCAUGUUCUGCCACAACUUCAUUGAGAGGCAGCAGACCAGGGUUGACUUAAAGGGCGUCACGUCGGCUAUCCUAAGCAGCAUCAUUGACUAUGUUUACACUGGACUCAUUAGCAUCAGCCUGGAUAUCGUGCUCCCUCUGAUGCAGGCGGCAUCCAUGUUCCAAUAUGGCCGUCUUUUCGAGGCCUGCUCGAGCUUCCUUCAGGAGCAGCUGAGCCCAGACAACUGCUUGAGCAUGAUAAGACUGUCGGACAUCAUGCAUUGCAACAGUUUGAGGGACAAAGCAAAAGAGAUGGCGAUGAAGAGCUUCUCCGAUGUGUCAGCUUCUGAGGAUCUGUGUGAGCUCUCCUUACCAGAGCUCAUGGGAUACCUGGAGGAUGACGGUCUUUGUGCAGAGGAGGAGCAGGUCUUUGAGACACUUGUUGCUUGGAUCCAUCACGAUCCUUUAUCCAGACGUGGCUCCGUCAGUGACCUUUUCAAGAAAGUUCGCCUCCGAUAUCUCCACCCCACCUACCUCUUCCAGUUCAUAGCCAACGACCCUCUGAUCCAGUCGUCCACCCUCUGUACUGAACUCAUCGAAUCUGUGAGACGCCUCAUGUUUUCUGUCAGCACAAAAUGCAUGGAAGGUACUGCGGUGAACUUUAAACCUCUCUGGGUUGCACCGAGGCGCUACACCUACCACGAUACACUGGUGGUGGUGGGAGGGAGGAAGAACAACGAGCAGACUUCGAGGGAGGCCCUAGUGUUUGAUGAGAGGAGCCAGAGGUGGCAGAGUCUUUCCAAGCUGCCUGUUCGUCUUUACAAAGCCUCAUAUGUCGCCCUUCACAGUGUCCUGUAUGUCAUCGGAGGCCUGACCACAAGUGCGAAGCGUUGUGAAGUCAGCACGACCGUCUACACCCUCUCGUUGAAGACCAACCAGUGGCGGACAGCAGAGCCCAUGCUGAAACCUCGCUUUGCCCACCAGAGCAUCUCCUACCUCCACUUCAUCUUUGUUCUUGGCGGCCUUGGACCCGACAGACAACUGACAGACAGCGUGGAGAGGUACAACAGCAUGUUCAACCAGUGGGAGUCAAUGGCGCCGAUGCCUGAGGCAGUACUGCACCCUGCAGUGGCUGCGACUAACCAGAGAAUCUAUAUGUUUGGAGGAGAGGACGCCAUGCAGAACCCAGUCAGAAUAAUACAGGUGUAUCACAUUUCCAGGAACAUGUGGUCCAAGAUGGAGAACAGAACUGUGAAGAAUGUGUCUGCUCCUGCUGUUGCUAUGGAUGAAAAAAUCUAUAUCAUUGGAGGAUACACCAGGAGAAUGAUCGCAUACGACACCAAGGCCAACCGGUUCAUUAAAUGUGCCAACCUGAAGGAGAGGAGGAUGCACCAUUCUGCCACCGUUCUCAACAACAAACUGUACGUUACUGGCGGACGCUACAUCAAUGGACAUGAUGUCAUCGAGGACUCAGACACGUUCGAAUGCUACGAUGUGAAGACGGACACUUGGACAUCUAAAGGGACUCUGCCAUAUAAACUGUUUGACCAUGGCUCCCUGACUCUGACAUGUGUCUCACAGACAUGGGCAAAAUCAUAAAUAAUAGGAUUUAAAGCUGUGAUUUUUUUAAAAGCACUUGUUUAUAUAGAUGUGUAAUAUAAAGUUUAAUUAUUUAAAUUGGAUGCCAGUGUUUUCCAGAAAUAAAACACUGUCAUUCAAAAAACUUGAAGGAUUGAUUAAAUACCUCGAAUAAUUCAAAUACUCAUGUG